AACCCCUUUCUCUCUCCUCAGUCCUCACCAUAACCCUUCGGAGAAGAAAGGGUCAUCUCUCUAACCGCCAUUCUUCAUCCACUUUGCUCUUUUUGUUCAAGUUAUUUUUUUUAUAUCAUUUAGUAUUUACACGGCGUUAACAGUAUGGGAAAGUUCAUCAGCUUCCAGAUUUUCUUCCUAAUUCUCGCGAAUUCAUUAAUGGCAGGUGUGUAUUCCACCACAUUCACCUUCGUGAACAAGUGCCCGUACACGGUCUGGCCGGGCCUCCUGUCGAACGCCGGCAUCGCCCCCCUUCCGACGACCGGCUUCGUCCUGAACAGCGGCGACUCGAGGGAGAUCGCCGUGCCAUCGGCCUGGGCGGGCCGGUUCUGGGGCAGGACUCUGUGCUCCGAGGACUCAACAAACGGGAACUUCGUCUGCAGGACCGGCGACUGCGGCUCCGGGAAGCUGGAGUGCGGCGGCCUGGGCGCGGUGCCUCCCGCCACCCUCGCGGAGUUCACGCUCGAUGGCGCCGGCGGGCAGGACUUCUUCGACGUGAGCCUAGUCGACGGGUACAACCUUCCGAUGCUGGUGGUGCCGCGGGGCGGCAGCGGCGACAACUGCACGAGCACGGGGUGCGUGGCCGACCUCAACGGCGCGUGCCCGUCGGACCUGCGCGUGGACGGUGGCAUCGCGUGCAGAAGUGCGUGCGAGCGGUUCGGGACGGAGGAGUACUGCUGCAGCGGCGCGUACGGCACGCCCGACGCGUGCAAGCCGUCGCACUACUCGAUGGUGUUCAAGAGCGCGUGCCCACGCGCGUACAGCUACGCAUACGACGACCGUACCAGCACCUUCACAUGUACCGGGGCCGACUACACCCUCACUUUCUGCCCCUCGCCGAACACAAGCCAAAAAUCAUCCGGCGGCCCGAACCCAGGAUCCGACGACGGCGGCAACAGCAACAGCAACGGCAACAGUAACAGUAACACGCCGUUCGACGGGACCAUGGUGUACGAGGGCGCGUACGAUACAAGCGCGGCGUCGUCCUCCACGUGCGCGCACGUGCUUGGCUUGGCCGUCGCCUUCGCGGCUGCUAUAUGGCGGUUGAGCCAUCAUCACCUCGUCUGAACUCUUUCUUUCGUUCUCCCCUAUCGCUUUCCCAUUUGAGGCGUGGGACCCAGCUAAUCUUGUCGGAUGUGUGUGUGGGUGGAUGGACGCAUCACGUGUGGGCUUUCACAUGGAGCCCAUUUAAAAUAUGGCCCAUGUGACGAGAGGCAGAAUCACCAACAUUGACGGCCCAUUUUUAAUUAAAGAAGUGGGGAAAAGAAGGCGAACAGGAGUGUACUAUUAGCUUUUUCCUUUUUAUUUUUUUAUUUUAUAUGUUUGAGGAUUAGUGGUAGCAAAUAGAGAGGAAAACAGACAACAGAUUUUAGUUUAUUUUUUCUUAUCUUUUGAAAAUUAUUAUUUAUUUUCAUUUUAUUAAGAUUAAUGUCGGUUAGACUAGGAACUUUUAGAACAAUAUAUUGAAUUUAAUAUUAUUGAACUUUUAGAACAAUAAUAAGAGAUUAUAUAGUGGAAAUAUUAAUGCAAUUAUUGGUGAUUUAGCUCGUUGUAUUAUAGCUAGCAAACGUGACGACAACCAAUUAUGAGAAGGAUAUGUCGUGUUGCGAGAAUAAGAAAUCAAAUAAAAGUGUAUUUAGUAUCA